CCGCGCCCCGGCGCGCUGAGGGCGCGCGGUGCGCGCUUCCGCCCGUCGCGGCGGCCGGAAGGUGAUGUGGCGGAGCGCGGCGCGAUGUCUGCCAUCUUCAACUUCCAGAGUCUUCUGACUGUCAUCCUGCUGCUUAUAUGUACCUGUGCCUACAUCAGAUCCUUGGCUCCCAGCUUACUGGACAAAAAUAAAACCGGAUUGUUGGGGAUAUUCUGGAAAUGCGCCAGGAUUGGUGAGCGGAAGAGCCCCUACGUGGCCGUGUGCUGUGUGGUGAUGGCCUUCAGCAUCCUGUUCAUGCAGUAGCAGCUGGAGAGAGUCCCCAAGUACCCAACAGCAGAUCUUGUGUCAGGAAAGGAUGGGAAGCCUCACCACAUCUCCUCUCACACGAUGGAUAGCCUGUCUCCUGGCGGACACCCCUGCAGAUGGACCAGCAUUAGUGAUCAUAACCCAGAUGAGAUGUGCUUGUUAAUGCCAGGUCAGCACUGACACUCCUGCUGUAACUCCUGGAAGGGUGUCUGCUGCGUGUCUGAUUUUCAGGGAAGCUUUGUUUGUUUUGGUUUUGUUUGUUUAUUUUUUUACACCAUGGUGUCCAAAAGGCUUGCUGGUUUUAAUUCUUUAAAAUUUCUUGUCCAGUAGACCUGUUGAAUGCAACCUUAAAAUGGUAAAUCAGUCACAGCAAUAAGACCACCUUUGAAGAAUAAGGAGCAUUUUGACUCUAGGGGAUGUUUAUCAAAGUAUUUUUAGUUCUUGCUGCCUGAACAAUUCCUCUCAAUUUGUAAGUGAUGGCUCUGCUUUCAUCCUAAAAAUAUGACCUCUGACCUAAGUUACACUCAGCUGUUUGUUUCUAAACUUGUAAUUCUCAAAUAAUCUAUCAAUAUCUCUGUUGUUAAGAUGUGAAAUAAAGGCAGGGACCAUAACUGU